CAGCAAUCACGUUCGGAACGGCAGCGAAUCCCCACCAUCAUACAGGAAAUGUCGCCAAAGGCCGGCGGAAUCCGCAGAAUGCCGGUCUCUAGGAUAAAGUCAUGCGCCCAGUGCCGUACAGCAAAGGCACGCUGUUCCUUGACGGCACCAUGUAUCAGGUGCCGAGACCGCAAUUUAACUUGCAAAUACGAGCAAGAGGCUGCAUUGUCUCGCAACGAUGGGUCUUGCUCGCCGAGGCCUCCGCGCCCGAUCGCUCCCGCCUGCCGUAAUCCAGCUGCCGGAGGUCUUGAGUCUGGCCCGGGUCUUUCGGAUGCCAGAGAAACUGCGGCAAUACCAUCUCAAGGCCAAGGUUUCCAGUCUAUCGGUUCGUCAUGCGCGUCGGCAUCGAAUCGUUUAGGCAACCCCGAGUCUUCACAAAUGACCUGGGAGGAUUUUGAUACCUCCAUCAUGUCUUUUUCCGACUGUGCCAAUGGCGGGGAUUCACUUAUCGCCCAGGUAGACCAGCAGCAAGCCCCCGCGAUGCAACGUUCUCUGGACUCGAUUGCAGAGGAUAUCGCUCUUCCCGGCGAAAUCAGUCUACCCUGGCUGGCGGGGCAACUAGAAGGGGAAGUGGUGAGCCAUGACCGACCUCACCGCACCGCUCAUGCCGGCUUGACCCCACACUCACAAGGACCAGUCUCGGACGUGGAAUCAAAACCCAGAAGGUACAAGGACAAGCUCAUAUGGCCUCGGAUAGGAUCGACUAUCGAGGGCUACUUCUCCAACACAGUCCUCCGGGGACAGAUCAUGUCGUAUCCCCAGAUGAUGUCCAAAGGCAACCGUCUCCCGCCGUUCAUCUUCCCGCGAUGCAUGAUGAGUGGUCCUGUCGCCUUCGACUGUGAGUUGCAAGGCGUUCAUCAGUGCCUGCCCGAGAUCCUAGCCAUCUGCAGCAAUAUGGUCCAACUAUUUGAGAAUCGAACACCAGCGAGCAGCUCAUUUGUCUGGAAGACAAUUUAUGCCGAGCAUGAGCGGCUCAGACGUGAAUGUGGAUCUUACGACAAAGAACGCCUGGUCGAGACUCUUCAGGCCACUGUUAUUUAUCUUCUUUUACAAGCCCAAGAUCCGGACUCGACAGAAAGAAACAACGUCAUCUCGCUCGUCGACACCGCUGCGGAACUGGGAAAAGCGGUGCAUCUAUCCUUCGAGAAUAGAGUUGAGUCAAGAGUCGUGGGCCUUGACAGGAAAGACUGGAUGCUGCGGGAGAGUGUGAGAAGAACCAUGUGUAUACUGUACGGCAUCGAGCUUCUCCUUGACGUGGUCAUCACCACAAGUAACCGCUACUGCGGCGGAUUUGCCAAGUGCCCGCUGCCGUGCGUGCGCGAUCUCUGGGAGCCCGUGUCCAACGCCGAGUGGGCCAGGCGGUAUAGGGAAUUCCACCCCGGCGGGGUGUCGAAAGAGGGGGUUUUGCAUAUAGACACCAUCCGAAUGGCUGGGCAGGCGGCGGGCAUGAGCGAAAUCAAUGAUACGGCCGUUGCGGAGCUCAGUCGUUGGUGCUCGCGGCUGGAUGAUCUGGGGAUGCUCGUCUGGACGGCGGUGCUCUCCGAGAGUAGGGGCAACUCAUAAUUAGGACCCACCAGGAAGCCCCAGUCGAGUACGGUACUAUCAGAGAAUUAGAAGACCAUUUGAACAUGGUAUGGGUGUUGGAUAGAUGAAUGCUAUGAUAAAUGCGGGUUUUGUCAUGCUAAUCAAGAAAGACCUCGCACAAGCUAGUGCCCUGUUUCUUCCCUGGAAAUAACCCAACGCUGGUUAGUUUUGCC